AUGGCGCGCAAGAACGCAGCCGCGCAAAAGGCGAAUGGCCAGCUAGACGGCGCUGUACACUCGCUGGAGAAGAAGAUCGAAGAGCAGGUCCAGCUAGAAGCGCGCAACCCUCAGGAGUCAAAGGAAGCCGGGCUGGGGCAGUUGGUGAUUUGCGUCGGUGGAAUCUAUGCCAGCUUUCUCAGCUGGGCAUACCUCCAAGAACGCCUAACCACCACCACCCACGGCCCCACCAACGCGCGCUUCAAAUACGCCAUAUUCCUCAACACCGUACAGUCCGCAUUCGCAGCUAUAACUGGGCUCUUCUACCUCGUCUCCUCCGCGCCGCGCGACCCCAAGACCGGCAGUAGACGCAUCCCCGCGAUAUUCCCGUCCAGACAGAUCCUUGCCCCGCUGCUCUUGAUUGCGGUGACAUCCUCGCUCGCCUCGCCCUUCGGAUACGCCUCGCUCAAGCACAUCGACUACGUAACCUUCAUCCUCGCGAAAUCCUGCAAGUUGCUUCCCGUCAUGUUCCUGCACAUCUCGCUCUUCCGCAAGCGCUACCCCUUGUACAAAUACCUCGUCAUUUCGUGCGUCACCCUCGGCGUGGCCGUAUUCACCCUGCACAACCCGUCGACGGCAAAGAAAGCCGCGAAAAAAGGGCUCAACGCCGACGCAUCCAAGUCCCUGGGGUUGUUCCUGCUGGGCGUGAAUUUGCUCUUCGACGGCCUUACGAAUACCGUGCAGGAUUGGAUUUUCGGCGAGUGGAAGGGGUUUACGGGCCCGCAGAUGAUGUGUGCGCAGAAUAUCAUGAGCACGUUGCUUACGGGCGUUUAUCUGCUCGUCUCGCCGUAUAUCGCUGGUACAUCGUUCGGAUCCUACAUCGGCCUCUCGCCCACCUCCAAUGGCGAACUCUCCGAUGCACUCACCUUCGUAACCACCUACCCGAGCGUCGGCUGGGACGUGCUGGCCUUUAGCGCGUGCGGGGCCGUCGGGCAGGUUUUCAUUUUCCACACGCUCGCGCAUUUCAGCAGUCUCUUGCUUGUGACGGUUACGGUGACGCGGAAGAUGCUGAGUAUGUUGGCCAGUGUGGUGCUUUUUGGUCAUCAGGUUACGGGCAUGCAGUGGGUGGGCGUGGGGCUGGUGUUUGGCGGGAUUGGCGCGGAGGCGGCGGUCAAGCGGUUUGAGAAGAAGGGGAAGAAGGGGGGCAAGAAGGCGUAG